AUGACAGUUGAAACACACCCAAUUUUCCGGCCCAGUUUGACCGCUCAGAGUGGUUCUGACCGCUUUUUUCUUACGACUAGCGAUGGAGGUCGAGCAGUAGUGGUUCAGGACUCAUGUAUACGAUGGUGUAACGUUUCUGAGCCAGGUUAUCACUCGAUGACUUUGGAACGUGCAUUUAAAGACGUUAAGCAUGUUGUAAUGUCGAAUUCGGGUGAGUUUCUUUGUCUUUACAACGAUGAUGAGUUGAGAAUCAUCGAAGUUCCCUGGGCUUAUACCGAGGUUUCCUCCAUGGCAAAUGCUUUCCAACUUUUCCGUUUUGUUAGUGAUGAAGCUAGGAUCAAACAGGUGUUAUUCCAUCCAUUGGCGUACCAACAAGAAACUGUUGUUAUCUUGAAAGAUGAUGAUUCGAUAACUAUAAUGAAUUGGCAGGAUUUUGGGGAUUCAAAACCAGAUGUUUUGAAUCUGUCCAACGGCACAUAUAGUCUGGACUCUUCGAUCACCGAUGUGGAAUGCAUUACAUUCAGCCAGGAUGGAUUGACCUUGUACGUAUUGAGUGUGAGUGAAGGUGCUGACAUCUAUGCUUUUUAUCCCUGUCUAGCACCAAGGAUGCAGUUCGACAAGCAAGGUUUAGACCGUUUGAUGUACAAGUCUCUGAUUCAGUACGAUGUGCUGAACGUUGGUACAGAUUCAGAAGUGAAGAGAAAUACGAUAAAACAAUUGAAAUUUGUAUCUGGACUUCACAAGCAGCAGAAUUCUCAACGAAUCCUUGAAAUACCAGAAGCACAACGCCAAGUAAGAGGACAAGGCCCGUUUACCAUAGCGCCUUUUCCCAAGCAAAUUUACAGUUCCACGGGCACAGGCAUAGCUUCACUGCCGAUUAAUGAUCAAAACGAACUGCUAAUCAUGUCCCUUGACGACGGUAAUAUUGCAAUAUUGCUUCAGGAUCUUGAUGUCACGAUGAAUUGGGACUCCGCCAGAUACAAUUAUAACAACUCUUUUGCUCUUGUCGAAUUAAUUACACUCGGAUCUCAAGAGAUUCAACAGAUAGUGGUAGGAGACCACAAAUAUGGGCAAUUUUCUGUAAUGACUCCCGAAGGUGUCUUUUCCAUUGAUACGAGCAAGUGGUCAGGUGUGAUGGCAAGCUGUCUUACAGAAUCUGACCUAAGGCCCCUAGCAGAGACUAAACUUGAAAGUGAAGUAACCUUCACAGAGCUCAAAGAUUCGCCCAAAUCAGUUGCGUGGUGGAACACAACUCCACAAUCAGUUGUGAAAGUAUCAAACCGUGAAGUGAAGAGUAAGCAGGUCUCCGAGGGUGUCUCGAAACAGGAUGAUGACAUUACCGGUAGCCGACAGGAACCAGAGAAGUACAAUGCUCAUUAUUCGCAGCCGAUAGCAGAGAUCAUGCAAUUGAACCAAAAAUUUCAACUGGAGUCAUCAAAAGCACCAAGUAAAGUGAUCCCACCCAGAGAGAGACAAAAGCCAUUGAAAAAUGAAGCAAGCGAGAUACAACUAGAUCUUCUUACCGAGGCAUCGAAAGAUUUUGUCAGCAAGAUAGCCGUGGGCCAAACCUUGGGAGUCACUCUACACAACAGAAUAUAUGAGCAGCAACUGGACCUUACACACCAGCUCAAGGCUAGUGGAGAAUUGAUGGAGAAACAACAGACAAUCCUUACGCAUUUCCAUUCCCAAUCAUCGCGCUCUGAUGCCGUGCACGCCCGUCAUAGUACCCUAAUGUCCAGGUUCAAUAAGUUUAAGGACAACCUAGGGCAGAUACAAAAUUCACAGAGAUUCAAGGACCUAGAGAUCAGCAAGGAAGAAGUCGAGUGGUUCAAAGAGAUUAGAAAACAAGUGCUGACAUUCAACCGCGAUGUGCACAACCAAAAACGUCUACAGGAUCAACUGAUCCACCUCAAACAAGAGAUGAACCGAAUUGCACAAGUGACUGGGGAUCAGAACUCCCAGGCACGCGAUGAAUGGCAUGAAUUACGCCACAUGCUUGAAGAAGACACAAUCAUCCUACAGGAUUGCAACAAUCAAUUGAAGAGCGCUGCACGCCAGGUGCCAGCCCAACCUUAG